AUGGCUGCUCCGGACAAUCGAGGCACCGAAUUUUUACUAAUGUUCGGAGAAAACCUAAUUAUCAGCGGGGAGGACUUCCUUUUGGAGCUUUUUGUUACCACCUCCUCUACUGACGUGGUGUUUUUCAACGUGAGCACUCCUCAAUGGGUCCAUAGCGACAGCGUUCACAUGGAGCUUAACGUGACCAGCGGUCAGGUGCGGCAGAUAUUUCUUCCGCAAAACUUGCGACAUUUCGGCUUCGAGAAAGCGUCAAAGGCCGUUUGGGUAUCUGCUACGGAUGAGGUGGCUGUAUACGGUAUCAACAAACAAAAGAAUUCCUGUGACGGAUUCUUAGGUCUACCGACCGAUGUAUUAGGAAAGCAAUAUUUUACGGUGUCAUAUUCACCUGCCAAGCGCCGCUGUCAAUUUGGAAUCGUUGCAACCGAAGACAACACGAACAUUAACGUGACACUAGGCCACCAGCAACACCCAGUAGGCAGCGCUACGAAUGUGGCGUAUGAAGGAGUGAAUUAUGCCAAUGGGGAUGUCAUGCACGUGGUAUUAAACAGAUUCGAGACCAUUCAGUUCCAGGCCUCAAAUGAAUACGACCUAACAGGGUCAUAUAUUGACGCCGACAAACCCGUGGCUGUAUUCAGCGGGAAUCUGAAAACCAAUGUCGGCGAUGGAAGUAGCCAAGACCACUUAGUCGAACAACUGAUGCCUGUCGAAAGUUGGGGCAAGAAGUUUGCCACUGUUCCAAUACCUGGUAGAGAUAUCUACAAACUAGGAGACGUGUUCAGGUUUGUUGCCAGUGUGGCAAAUACUACGAUUUCAAUGACAGGAAUUUCAGACCAAGGGACCGUACAGUUAAAUCUACCGAACGCUGGCAGUUUCAUCGAACAUGUCAUCGGGUUUAACACAAGUAAUACAUACACCCUCAUUGAAAGCAACCAUCCAAUUCUAGUGGUUCAAAUUGUUCAAAGUCAAGUGAAAAAUAAUGAACCAGCAGAUCCCACCAUGAUCCUGAUACCGCCUAUAGAACAGUACGCCUCGGAGUAUGCUUUCGCAACACCUAAGUACAGCAGGGGAUCAUACGAAAACUAUCUAUUGUUGAUAGCUAAAAGCUCAGAAGCUAGCGGCAUCCGCUUGGACACUGCCCCGCUUGAGAAUGACGUAGUAUGGCACGCGAUCCCGGGGACUGACUAUCAAGGUGCUACGGUCUUGGUAGCCGAGGGAACGCACAUCAUAAACCAUGUUUCACCUAUCAGUUUGUUUGGAGUUUUUAUGUUUGGAACAGCACGCCUUGAAACUUACGGAUUUCCUGGAGGCAUGCGUAUAGCACCUAUUAAUGCGGCCUGCGUACCCUCCACAAUGGUAGGGGCAGAUGGUUUUGACAACGACUGCGAUGGAAGAAUCGACGAGGAACUGUGUGAUAACAAUAUCGAUGAUGAUAAUGACGGGCUGCAGGACGAAGAUUGUGCAAAUGAAAAGAGUACAACUCUUACCAUGAAUGAAAUAGUGACUUCGACGGUUGAGGCCCCAGCUACGACUGUUGAGGCUACGACGACUACAGAAGCGCCAACCACGACCACUGAGACAGCAACUAUGACCACAGAAGCGCCAACUACGAUUGUUGAGGCUACGACGACUACAGAAGCGCCAACUACUACCAGUGAGGCAGCUACUACGUCUACAGGAGCGCUGACUUCGACUGCUAAGGCUUCUACUACGACUACAGAAGAGCCAACCACGACCACUGAAGCAGCUACUACAACUACAGAAGCGCUGACUUCGACUUCUAAGCCAUCUACAGAAGCGCCAACUACGAUUGUUGAGGCUACGACGACUACAGAAGCGCUUACUACGACCAGUGAGGCAGCUACUACGACUACAGGAGCGCUGACUUCGACUGCUAAGCCUUCUAGGCCUACUACGACUACAGAAGAGCCAACCACGACCAGUGAGGCAGCUACUACGACUACAGAAGCGCCAACUACGACCAAAGUGUCGCCAACCACAACUACUGAAUCAGUUACUACAACUACAGAAGCGCAAACUACACUUAUAAUGUCGCCAACUACGAACACAGGAGCGCCAAUUGCGACUACUGAGGCGCCCACAAUGACUCCUGAGGCAACCUCGACGACUACUAGUGCGGUUACAACUACUAAGUCUAUUACUAUUACUGAGGCAUCGACUUCUACCAUUGAAGUAACUAGUGUAAGAACUUCUAACGCAGUUACCACAAACACCGAGACAGAUACUGCGGUUACUACAGCAGCAAGAAAAACUACUACUUUCACAGAGGCAAGAGAAACUGGCUCUCGUGUCAGAUCUACGACGCCCAUUGUCUCUAACGGCACUUCAGCAUUCCUCGCCACCAAAGAAGUUUCUACUGUGACAACCAAUAUGAAUACAGAUGCUGUGUAUGUGACAGCUGUGGAGGACUUGAGGACGUCAGCUGCAGCAGACAGCACCUCUGAAACACAGACCACUGACACCAAAGGUUCUAAUGAUAGUGUAAGCAUUUCAGCUGAAACAACACCGGCAGCCGCCACGCAGGCAGCGCAGCCACUUGGCGUCGCCAACAAACAGUUUCGCAUAAUGAACGAUGAUGGAUCCCUUACGGCUGAUGGCAUCUCUGUUGUCACAGUCAGUGUGGUACCAGCCGUAAGCCUGGCUGUUGCACUUGCGAUUGGCUGUUGUUAUUUCUUAGCAGCAGGAAAGGUUCAUCCCAGAGAGGAUGAUGAGGAGGAGGAGCAGGAGGAAGGAGACACCGUUUUGGUGUAG